GUAUGGGGUAUAGUAGGGGUCACAGGUGAUUGGCGUGUUGAUGUAUCUACUUGGAACUGCUUAAAUACAUACAUAAGAAGUUCACCUCGGAUGUCGUUUGCGCUGUUGAGCCCAACGACUUGCUCUUUGCCCACAUAUUUAAAAAGGAUCAUUUCGAUUGGGUGCACUCCAUACCAAAGUCGUGGAUUGUUGACAAGUAUUCUAGCAGGCUGUUCUGAUGUAUCUCAGUACCAAGGAUCAAGAUAAAUUGCUGCUCACGACCACCGGGUUCCUGGCACAGAGGAGACUGGCUAGAGGAGUCCGACUCAAUUUGUCAGAAGCGACGGCCCUGAUAGCUUGUGUUUUACAGGAGUUGAUCCGGGAUGGCCAAUCGUCGGUUGCCCAUGCUCAUGCAGGUCGGAAAAGAAAUCUUGGGUUUCCGUCAUGUCCAGCCCUCCGUGCCCGGCUGCUUGUCCGAUGUCCAAGUCGAGGGAACUUUCCCGGAUGGGACCUUCCUUGUAACCGUUCAUUCGCCGAUUUGCAGUCCGAGUGGUCGGGAGCCGCAUCUUUCGCUGGCGCUCUACGGCUCUUGCAUCACCCCUGAUCCCGACGUGUUCUUUGAUCAUGUCCAGCCGUCCUUGGAGCAUGAUCUACCGGGGGCGAUUGUGGUCCAACGCCCGACUGAUUCCUCGACCUCACAGCACAUUAGCCUCAACGUUGGCCGAGCGCGAAUAAGGAUAAAGGUCACCAAUACUGGCGACCGACCUAUUCAAGUCGGCUCGCAUUAUCAUUUUUCCCUCACCAAUCCAGCCUUGAGAUUUGAUCGCAAAAUCGCUCUGGGUCAUCGUCUCGAUAUCGCUGCAGGCACUUCGGUUCGCUUCGAGCCUGGUGACCAACGAAUGGUCACUAUGGUCGAGAUCGCUGGGAGUGGUCUAGUAACCGGCGGCAAUGGUCUGGAAGGCCAGAUUUUGCAGAAAGAUGAUUCCCUCGCCGUUGCAGCGCUCAUUGACAGUUUGGUAGCCAAAGGUUUUGAGCAUGAACCAGCUAUCCACGUUGAGAGACCUCUUAAAGCAUUUGAGAUGUCAAGGGAGGCGUACGCUAACAUGUUCGGACCAACAACGGGUGAUAAAGUUCGUCUCGCAGAUACAUCCCUUUGGGUCGAAGUUGAGUAUGACCACACCUGCUAUGGCGAAGAGCUCAAGUUUGGCGGAGGCAAAGUGAUCAGAGAAGGCAUGGGUCAAGCUACAGGUCGGCGGGAUGCUGAGACAUUGGAUACAGUGAUCACUAAUGCGCUAGUUUUGGAUUGGUCUGGAAUCUACAAGGCAGACUUAGGCAUCAAGGAUGGCCGAAUCUCAGGGAUCGGAAAAGCUGGAAACCCCGAUAUUCAGGCGGGCGUCUCUGAUCAGAUGGUCGUUGGUGUGAAUACUGAAGUGAUUGCCGGGGAAGGAAUGAUCGUAACGGCAGGUGGGAUUGAUGCUCACGUCCAUUUCAUAUGUCCCCAGCUAUGUCCGGAAGCCCUCUCGAAUGGUAUUACAACUUUAAUCGGCGGUGGUACUGGCCCCGUCGCUGGAACCAACGCAACCACUUGUACGCCAUCCCGAACCUUGAUUAGAAACAUGCUUUUGUCGACUGAUGAUGUACCCAUGAAUAUCUUACUAACGGGAAAAGGUAACGACUCUAAGCCGGAAGGAUUGGUGGAUCAAGUCUAUUCGGGAGUAGGUGGCUUGAAGUUACACGAGGAUUGGGGUUCCACUCCGGGCGCGAUUGAUUCUUGUUUGAGUGUUUGCGAACAAUACGACAUUCAGUGCAACAUUCACACAGACACGCUUAAUGAAUCAGGUUUUGUCGAAGAUACAAUCAAGGCAUUCAAAGACCGUGUGAUACAUACAUAUCAUACCGAAGGUGCAGGGGGAGGCCAUGCUCCAGACAUUAUCGUCGUCUGUGGCAAGGAUAAUGUGCUUCCGUCAUCAACAAAUCCGACCAGACCGUUUACCAACAAUACUCUCGAUGAACACCUCGACAUGCUGAUUGUCUGUCACCAUCUUGACAAAUCGAUUCCGGAAGACAUCGCGUUUGCCGAAUCUCGUAUCCGCGGUGAGACGGUCGCCGCUGAGGACGUCUUACAUGAUCUUGGUGCCCUUUCAAUAAUCAGCUCAGAUUCACAAGCGAUGGGAAGGAUUGGCGAGGUGAUUAGUCGGACUUGGAGGACGGCUUCCAAAAUGAAAGAUUUCAAAGGUUUCUUGACUGAGGAAGAAAAACUUCGUGGGAUUGAUAAUGAUCGCGUGAAACGCUAUAUUGCAAAGUAUACCAUCAAUCCUGCGAUUGUCCACGGUAUUUCCCAGGAGGUUGGGGACAUUUCGGUAGGGAAGCUUGCGGAUCUUUGUAUUUGGAAGCCUGAGAAUUUCGGGGUCAGGCCAGAACAGAUCAUCAAAGGAGGCUUUGUCGUAUGGUCACAGAUGGGCGAUGCGAAUGCGUCUAUUCCAACGGUUCAGCCCACUUACGGAAGACCCAUGUGGGCUUACCAUCCGAGCACCAUUGGUCAAACUUCUCUAGCGUUUGUUUCUGAAAUCUCAAUCUCAUCUGGGAUCACGCCUUCGUACGGCCUGAAAAAGAAGUUGGUGGCCGUCAAAGGCUGCCGAAAAGUUAGGAAGACGGACAUGAAGCUCAAUGAUUACUGUCCUAAUAUUACGGUUGAUCCUGAGACUUACCAAGUGGCCAUCGAUGGAGUGGAGUGCACGGUUGGAGCAGCGCUUACUUUACCACUCACACAGGCGUACCAUUUUUUCUGAGCAAAGCCUAAUUGGUCUCUUUCUUUAUCUAUGUCGAUUUUUGUACCAUCAAUCUGGCUUCCAGCUUGACUACGGUCUCAUCUUGCAGUUUACUUAAACCAACAAAAAGAAACAAACUCUGAUGUGUUUCAAUUUCAGUCGUAGUAUCCUUUCAUAGUCGUAAAAUGUAUCAAUGCUCUUGAAUAAUUUCAAUUCGGCUUUUAUUGUUUUGUUUUUGAAAAAGCCAAAAUGUAUUUUGAUGGCCAACUGCACUGACAUACUUCCG